CCUGCUGGUGCCCAAGACCAAGAUGGAGACAAUGGCUAAGGAUAAGGUGGAGGAGACAAGGGAGUUAGAUUGGGCCUUGCUACCCCGAGGAGAAGUUUCCCAAGUAGAUGGGAUUAUGCUAGCAAAGAACGUAUGCAACAUCUGGGAUAAAGUCUGGAACUUCCAGGCCAAGCCUGAUGAUCUGGUCAUUGCUUCCUAUCCCAAAGCAGGAACCACUUGGACACAGGAAAUUGUCGAUCUGAUACAGAACGAUGGAGACAUUAAGAAGAGCAGGCGGGCUCCCAUUCAACUUCGACAGCCUUUCCUGGAGUGGGUAAAACCAACAUGCUCUGGUAUUGACCAGGCAAAUGCAAUGCCUUCCCCAAGGACACUGAAAACUCAUCUUCCAGUGCAACUACUACCUCCAUCCUUCUGGGAGAAAAACUGUAAGAUAAUCUAUGUGGCAAGGAAUGCCAAGGACAACAUGGUGUCCUACUACUAUUUUCAAAGGAUGAACAAAGGACUCCCUGACCCAGGAAGCUGGGAUGAGUAUUUUGAAACAUUCCUGGCAGGCAAAGUGGUAUGGGGGUCCUGGUAUGACCACGUGAAGGGCUGGUGGAGGAAGAAAGACAGUCACCCCAUUCUCUAUCUUUUCUACGAAGAAAUGAUGAAAGAUCCAAAACGUGAAAUUAGAAAAGUGAUGGAAUUCCUGGGGAAGGACCUAAAAGAAGAGAUUUUAGACAAAAUUGUCUAUAAUACUUCAUUUGAUGUAAUGAAAAAGAACCCCAUGACCAACUACAUAAAUGAAGUUAGAAUGAAUCAUAAUCUUUCUCCAUUCAUGAGAAAAGGAGUCAUAGGAGAUUGGAAAAAUCAGUUCACUGAAACUCAGAACAAGCGAUUUAAUGAAGACUAUGAGAAAAAUAUGGCUGAUACCUCUCUGUCAUUCUGCAUGGAACUCUAAAAAUCAGAGCAAGGGAACAAGACUUGUUCUCUUGCCAGCCUCUGUGAAGUAGAAGAGAAAUCUGUUUUCACAUACCACUAAUGGUUUGUGUAACUUGAUGUGAAAGUUUUUAAACAAUAACUUAGGCAUUCUUUGGUCUUGAAUUUCUGAUCUGCUUUUUGGAUUAACCCCAAUAUGACUUCAGUAAUCUUGCAUCAAUAUUCAACAUUUUUCUUCUCUCUCUGGAUAUUUUUUGAGUUUAGGUGAAUUUCAAUAAUGAACAUGUAAUAUAUAAUAUAAUACACAUUUAAU